GUACAGCUAGACAGCAGUUUGUUUUGCCUCUUCCAAGAAGAGAUCAUACAGGGAUAAUUAUAUUUAAGCAAUAUCUUAAUCCCGCAGGGAAUCGCUCUGUCGUGUCGUUUGUGUAGGACACAGAUCAGGAUGAAGACGUCAGUCUUUGCCUCGGCCAUGGUGUUGGGACUACUCUUCUGUUCGCAAAGGAGCGCAGGGGUAGGUGGCUACCAGGGUUCCUUUCAGCACCCAUACAAAUACAACUCCAGUCCCAACCAGUCUGAGCGCUCACCGCAGCAGCCACCACAGAACGGAUUUGUCUCCCGCCAAAUGGGGCCAGUAACUGCCAACGACGAGGUUCUAGAAUCCAGCCAAGAAGCCUUACACGUCACGGAGCGCCGGUACCUCAAACUGGACUGGUGCAAAACGCAGCCGCUGAAACAGACGAUCCACGAGGAAGGAUGCCUCAGCCGCACUAUAAUCAAUCGUUUCUGUUACGGGCAGUGUAACUCCUUCUACAUCCCCCGACACAUCUACGAAGAUGACGGGGCUUUCCAAUCGUGUUCCACCUGUAAACCGAAAACAUUCACAACUGUCACCUAUACCCUCAUAUGUCCCGGGCAGUCACCCAGCUCCCGAAAGAAACGCGUCCAGCGCGUAAAGACGUGCCGCUGCGCUUCCAUAGACCUGGAUUAGGCCUAGUAAAAACCAUAGGUGGACACAGUCUCUGUUGGUUUGCUUUCCACGGGAAGAAUUAAAAGGUACCGACCAAUGCAUACAAUUAAAUGUGCUUCCAUUGCAAAAACCGAAUAUGCACGAGGGAGAGAAUAUCCAAUCUUAAUCCGAAAAGGGGAGAUCAAAAGACAACGAAACCAAGGGAUGGAACUGUUCAAAACCAUUCCAAAACCCUAAACUGGUAGCUAUGCCAACCCCAACAGACUCCCCAGUGUAAUGUAUGGGACUAUAAUGACUGGUUUGGCAUAAUUGACUGGUUUGGCACAUUGUAAAUGGCUUAUGGCUUCAAGCGUAAUGUUUUUUUAAUGAUAUUGUUGGUUUGCUGCCUAAUACAAAUAACAGUAUCACUGUGGAUAGCAAAAGGUUUGCGCAUGUUUGCCAUUUAAAAGAAGGCGAAAAAGCCACAGUGUAAGAAUUUGACAGACUAUUUUUGUAAACCGUUGAGAGCAUAUAUUGUUUCCACUGUGUGGAAUAUGAGUUGGUGGAUGCGUUCACUUCCAGAGCGCUAGACGAGUGUGGUGUUCAUGAAUAUUGGCUUUUCUUUUAAAACUUUGCCCUGUUAGACGUCACUUAAUGUACUUGUUAAUGUAUUAAUCAUGUAUAUAAAGUGGUUGCUGAAUAAACUCAUGAUUGUACACCUUA